GGCGAGACCUUUGGCCAUCUGGAGGACUCCAGGAGGCCCGAGCCCAGGACAGGGAGGGCGAGCGGCGCGGGGAAAGUUUGAGACAAACAGGAAGAUUGACAAAGAGACAGGCCAGUACAAGGAGAGAGACACAGACAGGAGGUGAGGCGACCAAGAGAGGCCAGGUCACUUGACUGAAGUCACACAGCCAAAGGAGACCGACCAGAACCUCCACCAGGUCUGUGUAAACCGAUCCAGAGGCGACAGCAAAAUGGCCACCUGGAAUGAAAAGGCAGUCACCCGCAGGGCCAAAGUGGCUCCCGCAGAGAGGAUGAGCAAGUUCCUGAGGCACUUUACGGUCGUUGGGGACGACUACCACACCUGGAACAUCAACUACAAGAAGUGGGAGAAUGAGGAGGAGGAGGAGGAGGAACAGCCACCAACGCCAGCCUCUGGCGAGGAGGGCAGAGCUGAUGACCCAACUGCUGGCCCUGCCCCAGCACCCAGUCCCCGCCUAGAGUUCAGGGCCACGUUGCGGAAGCUCUUCAGCUGUCACAGGUUUCAGGUUAUCAUCAUUUGCCUGGUCAUUCUGGAUGCCCUCCUGGUGCUCGCCGAACUCAUCCUGGACCUGAAGAUCAUCCAGCCCGACAGGAACAACUACGCUGCCAGGGUGUUCCACUACAUGAGCAUCGCCAUCUUGACCUUUUUUAUGAUGGAGAUUUCCUUUAAGAUAUUUGUCUUCCGCCUGGAGUUCUUUCACCACAAGUUUGAAAUCCUGGAUGCCAUUGUAGUGGUGCUUUCCUUCAUCCUCGACAUCGUCCUCCUGUUCCGGGAGCAUGAGUUUGAGGCUCUUGGCCUGUUGAUUCUGCUCCGGCUGUGGCGAGUGGCCCGCAUCGUCAAUGGGAUAAUUAUCUCAGUUAAGACACGUUCAGAACGGCAACUCUUACGGUUAAAACAGAUGAAUAUACAACUGGCCGCCAAAAUCCAACACCUUGAGUUCAGCUGCUCUGAGAAGGAACAAGAAGUUGAACGACUUAACAAGCUAUUGAGACAGCACGGACUUCUUGGUGAGAUAAACUAGACGUGCAGCGCUCCACCCCAAGAAGAACCCUGCCCCUGGGCCUGGGCCGGGCCUGGGACGAGAAGGACGACAGCCUUUCCUGGGCCAUUUGGGGAGAGGUUUGCUUCGACGCUUCUGACUCCCUCACGUCCAGCUCUGAUUCAGUGUGGGCAGUUUUCCUUAAGGCUGUAUUUCUCCCUUAGUGUGGCCAAGAGCGCCCCAUCCCAGUCCCACCCCACACUGUCUAACAAAUGUAUCAUGAACUCUAUUUUCUCAUAGUGAACACUUUACUCUUGCUUGAAGAUGAACAACAGAGCAGGUAAUUACUAGUUGUAUAUAAAAUUUAAUCUCAUCAAAUGUCGUUUUUAAAGUUCACAUGUACGCUGAGGGCCAGCACAUCCUUCCACAGGAAUGUUCUGAAAAACAAACAAACAAAAAGAAAGAAAAAGCAGCUACGUUAGCUGCCAACCCAUUCUAGAAAAGUCCUUUUUACUUCCAAGCUGUUCUAAACAGCUCCUCUUGCUGUACUCCCCCACCCCCAGGAGGCUGCUCCGGGGACCCAGGCCCCCCUCUACACCAUACAGCUGCAUCACCAGCUUCUAGCUGGUUCCACCUCAUUCUGCGACCUGACAAUAUUUUUUUCAAUUACUGUACAAUUAAUGUAUAAAAUAAACUCUCUCCUUCCCUUGGACCCUCCUCCUGUGUUCUUUCCAGCUUCAGCUGCUUGGAAGUGCUGUGGCAUCCACACCAGCCCACCAGCGGGCUCCUGAGCCUGGCUCAGCAAUGGCAGUUAGAGCCCAGACUGCGCUGUAAUUAACAUGGUAUUUGGGGAAAGAUCCUUUAUGAGGCGUUGUGCUCUACUUACACCGUUUCAGACAGAAUUUUGCUAUUUUUGCACUCAUUUCAAGGGGACCUGAAAAGGAGAGAAAACGUGAGCUGAAACAACUAAUAUUUUUAAAAUAACUCACACGCAAGGCAGUGGGAUGAUAGCUGGAUGGAGCCCUGGACACCUGCGCCAGCUCGAGGCCUGCUCUCCUUACCGCCACCCCAAGGCUAUUUGGAUUCCAUUUUCGAUUUAUGUGUUGAGAAUGCUGACAGUGACCAAGACCAGAUGUUCCCCGUUCUCCAUUCACACCAAGUAGAAUAAAACCCCUGAUCCAAAAAAAGUCAGGAGGGCAGAGAGUGGAGAGACUGCGCUUUGACCUGUAACUGAGGACACUCCAUCCUUUUCCAAACGAGGGUUCGGAGAAGGGUAACAAAAUGGGAUGUGCCUGCUGUACUAAAGGUGAAGUCCUCACAGCUGUGCGUGCAGUGUCCUUAGUUAACAACUUACGUCAAACAA